UGAAGAGAAUUAAUUUAUCUACGUCACAUCCUGUCGUCGACGAGAGGCUUGCAAACAUGGCGGCGCUAGCAGAGAAAUCAACGAAGGAGCGUCUUCUUUCUGUUCUAGAUGACUUAGAGGUUUUAUCCCGGGAGCUGAUAGAGAUGCUGGCUCUGUCCAGAAGUCAGAAACUCCCACAGCCAGGAGAAGACACGCAGAUCUUAGAGCUGCUUGUGCAGAGGGACAAGGAGUUCCAGGAGCUGAUGGAGGUGGCGCAGCAGCAGGGGAAAGUCCACCAGGAGAUGCAGCUGCUGGAGAAGGAGGUGGAGAAGAGAGACAGCGACAUCCAGCAGCUGCAGAAACAGCUGAAGGAGGCCGAACACAUUCUGGCCACGGCUGUUUACCAGGCUAAAGAGAAGCUGAAAUCCAUCGAGAAGGCCAGAAAAGGAAGCAUAUCUUCCGAAGAAAUCAUCAAGUACGCUCACCGAAUCAGCGCCAGUAACGCCGUGUGCGCGCCGCUCAACUGGGUGCCAGGUGACCCGCGCAGACCGUACCCUACUGACCUGGAGAUGCGCAGCGGGAUGCUGGGACACAUGGCCAACCUGUCGUCCAACGGGAUGAACGGACAUCUGCCUGGGGACGCUCUGGCUGCAGGACGGCUACCCGAUGACCAGAUGUUGUUUCUCCUCAGACGUGCUGACGCCUCACUACCCCUGGCAGGCCUCAGACGUCUCAGUGGGGAUGCUCCCUCCUCACCAUGGAAACGACUUCGGCCUGGAGCCGCCGGGUCACAACAAGGAGAACGAGGACGAUGUGGAGGCCAUGUCCACAGACUCGUCCAGCAGCAGCAGCGACUCAGACUGAAACAAAGACACUGUGUGUGUGUGUGUGUGUGUGUGUGUGUGUGUCUAAUGGUAGGCAACACUUGAACAUAUAUUUUCUCACAAGGUUUUUUAACAACUGACCUAACGCGUGAAUCAUUUCUGGAAAGGUGAGGUUAGGAAGCACCGCUCGUUUCCACGCUGUGAAAUUCUGAAAACCUUUAACUCACUUUCUUUCUGUCGCCACGGUGAUGCUGGUCUUUGGUUCACAUUCACAAAAUUAACUUGUGACCCACAAGCUACACAAAGUAUUUCUUCCUUCAUGUCUCCAGGCAGUAAAUGUCUCUGCAGAAGAUGUUUAAAGAAACAGGUACUCAAAAACUCAGUUGGCACUGCAGUAGGUCAAAUCACAAAUUCUUCACUGUUUUUUUUUACGCUCUUUAUUGAGUUUUAACUAGCACACCCUGACUGAUGCCUUCAUCCAUCUUGUUUCUGUUUCAGUUAUCAUCCCAGAUAAUUCGCAUGAUCAUCCAGUUUAAAAGCUAAACAGUUUCUCUAUAUUGAAAUGAACAGAUCAACUUACACGUGCACAGUGCCAUCUAGUGUUCAAAUGGAAUAACUCAAGUACUCAGCAUAUAUAGAAGUCAAGAAGAAGUCAAAUGUUCUAAACUUGUGCAUGAAAAUGCAACAAAUUCUACAAUGUUUUUAUUUAGAUGACAAAGAUGAAGCCAAAUUAAACCAAACUAUGAACAUAAAUAAUUCAUGGAACCGCGUUGGCAGCAGUCUGCAGUUUUCUGUUUGACUUUCUCUCUCACGUUUCUUUCUGUUGUCUCCUCACUAUAUGGAGGCUUGAGGACCUCAGUUUUUGCCUCAAGCUCUUUCCAUUGUUCUGUGAUAAAUUAGCUUUGUGCUAAACGACUAAAAUGGCUGCCACUUGUUUGCUUACAUCACACUGACAGCCUGAGCUCAGCUGUACCAAAAAAGGUGAAGUGAAAAUGUUCCUCUCACUUUAUUUCUGAUUACAUGUGAAGCUUUUUGUUAAGAUUAAACAGGAUAUAAGUCACUGAAUUUUUUUUAAAAUUCCCUAUAAUUUUGACUGUAACCAGCCCACAUGUCCACUUAAACAAAACUUGUUCAGAAAGAACAGAAACUCCACCCAGCGGUCACUUUUCUACGUUUAACAACAUGUCUGCUCAUUUAUAAUAAGUAGAUCAACAGUUUCCUUGUCGUAUGAAUUUGUUUCAGUAUCGUCAUCCCAGGUUUCCUUUGGAUGUUUUUUUUUAAUUCCUCUGAAUUCAACCAACAUGAGUGUUGAUGCAGCAAAA